CUGUGAUUGGUCGCCCGCCCCUCGAUCACUGACCAAGAUGGCGCCCAGCUUGGUGGAGCAUGUUGUGGCGGACGCUGGAGCGUUUUUAAAAAAGGCUCCUCUACAGGACAUUGGGAGGAAUAUUUACACUCUGAGGGACGUUGUGGAUGAAAUUCGUGACAAAGAGACGAGAAGAAGUCUGAGCUUCUUACCGUACCGGCUGACCUUCAGGGAGCCCAACCCGGAACACAUCAGACACGUGACGGAGUUCUCUAAGAAGACGGGGGACUACCCCAGCCUGUCGGCGACGGACAUCAAGGUUCUGGCGCUGACGUACCAGCUGGAGCUGGAGCAUGUGGGCUCGCAGCACCUGAAGACAGACCCGGAGGUCCAGGUCAACGUCCUGAGCACACAGCGCCACCCGGAGGCCCCAGUCAACGUGGCAGGGUUCCACUUCCCCUCCAAGAAAGCCACAGACGCUCCCAGUGUCCGCCGCCAGCAGACAGCGGCGGGAAGCGAGACAGACGGCGAGCAGUUCAACAGCUUCCUGUUCUGGAGGGAAGCUCCGCCCCCAUUGGAUGACGAGCUGCUGCGUUUACUGGGUCCACUGGAGGACCUGAAGCCAGACGACUCUCAGACCGACAGCCAGCAGUUCAGCAGCUUCCUGUUCUGGAGAGAAGCUCCGCCCCCGUUGGACGACCAGCUGCUGCGUCUGCUGUCAGGAGGCGGAGCAACACCACAGCCGGGGGCGGAGCCUGGGAAAGACGAAGUCCAAUCAGGUGAAGAGGAGGAGGAGCAGGAGGAGGAGGAGCAGGAGGAGGAGGAGCAGGAGGAGGAAGAGGAUGGUGGAGGUUGGAUCACUCCCAGUAACAUCCGACAGGUGAAGAUGGAGUCUUCUGAUUGGGCGACUCCUGAUGAUGUCACAGUGGGCUGUCUGACCACGGACUUCGCCAUGCAGAACGUUCUCAUCCAGAUCGGCCUCCACGUUCUCUCUGUCAGCGGGCUGAUCAUCAAACAGGCCCGAAGUUACGUUCUCCGCUGUCACGCCUGCUUCAGGACGACGAGCAACAUGAGCAAAGUGUUCUGUCCUCACUGCGGGAAUCAAACCCUGAAGAAGCUGGCGGUGACGGUGAACCAGGACGGCAGCACGCUGAUGCACUUCUCCAAAAACCCCAAAGUGCUGAACCCCCGGGGGCUGCGGCACUCCCUGCCGCUGCCCCGCGGGGGGAAACAUGCCGACAACCCGCAGCUGGUGGAGGACCAGCGCUUCCCGCAGCAGCGCCUGUCCAGGAAGGCUCGCCAGAAGACGGACGUGUUCGAUCCCGACUACGCCGCCGGGGCGUCGCCGUUCUGCCUCAACGACGUGUGCAGCCGCGCCGCCCACCUGCACAUCCGGGACGGGCGGAGCGGCGGCGGGCGGCGGCGCGCCAACCCCAACGCCGCUCGCAGCAAGUUCGUCAAGAAGUGACGUUGCCGUGGAGACGGGCGCGGUGGUGCAGCGGGCGGUCGGCAGUGACAACACAAUAAAUGAUCUGACGUCGAGCUGCGAUUGUCUG